CAUCCGGAAGCCGCGGGUGAAGCGGCCAUUGUGCGGAGUGUGAGCCCGAGUGUAGGGGCGCGCUGCGGCACCGUUUCUAACGGUGGACGAGGGAACGGCGUGGGCGCACAAUUCAGAAACAACCUUCGGUGUUUUUUUUAAAAAAAAAGUUUCGCCUACUUUCCUUUUGAAAGAGAUCGUAAAGAUCCACACAGACACAAAUGUCAGACUUUGACGAAUUCGAGAAACAGUUGCACGAGAACCGACAAGAACGGGAAAAGGAACGACACAAAAAGAAAAGUCGAAGCAUUUCCAGAAGCCGAAGCAGGGAUAAAAAGCGGAGAAGUCGAAGCAGGGACAAACGCAGCAGAAGUCGAGGCGGGCGAAGCAGAAGCAGAGAUAAACGAAGCGGAUCACGAGAGCGGAAGCGUCACAGUCGGUCUCCCCGUCGGUCUCGCAGAAAGAAGCCCUACAGAUACUGGGAUGUGCCUCCUCCCGGUUUUGAGCACAUCACCCCAAUGCAGUACAAAGCAAUGCAAGCUGCGGGUCAGAUCCCUGCCACAGCGCUUUUAGCGACUUCCACAGUAGGUGGCGUGACUAUCACACCAACACAAGUUCCAAUCAUUGGUAGCCAAAUGACCAGGCAAGCCAGGCGACUGUAUGUUGGGAACAUACCUUUUGGUGUCACAGAGGCAACCAUGGCAGACUUCUUCAAUGCUCAGAUGCGCCUUGCUGGGUUGUCACAGGCUCCAGGGAACCCUGUAUUGGCUGUGCAAAUCAACCAAGAUAAGAACUUUGCUUUUCUAGAGUUCCGUUCAGUCGAUGAAACUACACAAGCCAUGGCAUUCGAUGGCAUCAUCUUCCAGGGUCAGUCUUUGAAGAUCCGACGUCCUCACGAUUACCAACCUCUGCCAGGCAUGUCUGAGCAACCUUCUUUCCAUGUUCCAGGUCCGUCAAAAAAUGCAACAUCUGUGUGCUGGACUUCCUUUGCAGGUGUUGUCUCCACAGUCGUUCCAGAUUCUCCACACAAGCUUUUCAUUGGCGGUUUGCCCAAUUACCUCAAUGAUGAUCAGGUGAAAGAACUUCUGACUUCAUUUGGCCCCCUGAAAGCUUUUAACCUAGUGAAGGACAGUGCAACAUCUCUGUCCAAAGGCUAUGCCUUCUGUGAAUAUGUGGAUGUCAAUGUUACUGAUCAGGCCAUCGCAGGGUUGAAUGGAAUGCAGCUUGGUGAUAAGAAGCUAAUAGUGCAGAGAGCCAGUGUUGGUGCGAAGAAUGCCAAUCCGAGUGCCAUUAUUCAAACACCAGUUACUGUGCAGGUGCCUGGCCUUCCAUCAAUGCAAGCUCAGAACACGGGGCUUCCAACUGAUGUGCUGUGCCUGUUAAACAUGGUGUCACCAGAUGAACUCAUUGAUGACGAAGAAUAUGAAGAAAUCCUGGAGGACAUCAGAGAAGAGUGUAGCAAAUAUGGGACUGUGAAAUCUAUUGAAAUCCCACGACCACUGGAUGGGCUAGAAGUGCCUGGCUGUGGCAAGAUAUUUGUAGAAUUCAUCUCUCCUCUAGACUGCCAAAAAGCAAUGCAAGCACUAACAGGCCGAAAGUUUGCCAACAGAGUCGUAGUUACCAAGUACUAUGACCCAGAAUUGUAUCACAGACGUGACUUCUAACAACACAUACCAGAUGCAGCCAACUUGCUGUCUGCAUUUAUGACUAAAAAGCUUUGUUUAUAGCAAUGACUAGAUUUGUAUAAAACAUCACAGACUUGGGUCAGUUUGUAGUAGUCAAAUUCAGUUUAUUUUUAGCACGGCUGUCUUGAUGUUGUAAGUGAUCUGAAUGAUUUUGGGUAAAGAUCCAUGUUUCAGGAGUUGUGAUAGCAAGAGCCUUGUAAAUUGAAUUGUAUCUUUUUUAUAGUGUUGGGCAACAUUUUUUUCAGCUUACAGAGCAAAGUUGUGUACGGACUGUUUCUGCCAGUCUAGUGAAACUGGUAUGAGCAUUAUACCUGGUUUCAGUCAAUAAACUUUAAAAUCAAAAA